GGCUUGAAAGCCAGACUGUGGGAACAUUCUAGCUGCUGUUCGACAGCUUGGGUUAUUUAGUUAACACAUUGAAAAUCCAGUUCCUCACAUUGCGAGUGCUCGACCGAAGGGUAGCAAUGGCAAACCAAGAUUUAGAGCCUGCUAUGGUUUUAUGGCUUGCUGUAGAAGUUGCAACAAAAUCAGAUUUACGACUUCUACGAAUUCUUGUGUCGCGGCAUCGAAACAUUCUACGAAAUGACCUAGUCUUCCGCAUACUUCUUACCCAUCUACCAGAAAGUUUGGAGUCUUCCAAAUAUGUGCCAUUCAUAGAGGACCUUCUAUCAGGUAAAAUCAUAGAUGACUCAGAAGAUACCAUUAUAUUGGACUCAAUCAAAGACAUUAACCCCACAGAAGUCCAUAAAAGGGUCAAGAAAUUACAUCUCCUUCCUCUACAAUGGAAAGAUGCGCCGCUGGAUAUCCUCGACGACCACCUCGUUAUGUUUUUGAUACAUCGUGCAUUACGAAUCGACGAAAACACCGGCUUACUUAGUGAAGUCCCAGCAUUAUUGGCUCCUUUCUUAUCAUAUUCAUCAUAUCUGCGAACCUGGACAAUUUCCACCAUUUUGCCCCUCCUUCGUCUCAAUUACGAAUACCACUUGGGCACUCAACCAAUACUCACCAUACGCGAGUUUGAAGCUUUGGAUGAUGUUAAUGGAACAAAGUAUUUGCUCUCAAUGACAGGGAAGGAUUCAAGCACAUUGGGCGAGGAAAAUCAAUCCAUAGGGCGAGAUUUACGUGGAAUAACUGGUCCAUGGCUUUAUGGAGACAAUAGAUGGAAGCGAAGGAAAGUCCAGGAUAAUUCCGCAGAGCAGUCACAAGCAGCAGUAUCGUUAGAAAAGGCAGGAAUUAUAAAUCACAAAUACGCUGGUUGGGAACUGGUAUUUGCAUGGGUUACUGCUGAAGCAGGUAUAUCUUGGAAAACAGCCGUCAAGGCAAUUGAACAAUGGGAUGGACCAGGAGACGUAGACUUGGGAGGAUUUGAGGAUGGUACUGAAUGGCUGGAUGAAGAGGAUCAACGCCAUUUAGAGCAACGAUAUGCAAAAGCUGCCCUUGCGACAGCCUACCUUAUUCCUGAAAGUUCCACCGAGGCUUUGGAAGGUGUUCAUCGAAUUCUUUCCAGGAUUCUUACAUUACUGGAUAUGGAUAAGAUGCCUACAUUGGAAGCAGCAGCUGUUAUAUUGACUCCUAUACCCACCUUUGAGGAAAGUUAUUUGUACCGAAAGAAUGCAAAACAUCUUCGAAAUAAUCAUUUAGAAGACAAGAAUACAUUGACGAAUCCGAAUGAAUCAUCCAUCAAUCUACUCAAAGCAUUACUUGUAAGUGCAUAUCUUCUCACUAGGGAAGGAGAGGGGUGUACUGUUAAGAGAGCUGGAGAGCUCGCUUUACUUCAAGAUGAGCGAGAGCAAAUGAUGGCAUUCAGGGGAUUUAUCUCCUCGUUUGGUCAACGUUCAGGUUCUGAUGAUCGCUUCUGGAUCAAAAUGAGGAAUGAGUUAUUAUGGUUACGCGAUUGGGGGGCUGAAGAGUUUGAGGGCACCAUCGAUCCCAGUCUGGGAAGGGGUGUUUUUGGUCGAAUCCACAAAGAGUUUAUUGAGGUGGAAGCCUUUAAGCUUCUUCUCGUAAAUGCCCGAUAUACUCUUGCUCGAUCUAUCUACGAGACUCCAGCGGAAAAGCCCAUCCCAGAAGAGUAUUUGCAACACGCCAUCUUUACUGCAGCUGAGAAUGCCUACGAUAAUGCCACAAAUCCUAACAAGUCAAGAGGUGGAGUUAAGAAAUGCGAUGAAAUUCUCAAUGCAUUCCCAAAUACAAUAGAGGGUCAUCCUCGAGCUCAAGAACUACGCAAUCUCGUUCAAGUUACAGAUGAAAUAGGCCGUUACAGUUUGGUGCUGAAACAAGGACAGCCGUUCCUACCAGUCAACUUACGCGUCAAUCCUGAUCCUUUGUCAAUCCUGAGCAAGAUACUUGAACAGAAUGACAAAAGCUAUACACAAAUCAAUGAUUUUGUACUCAUGGCUAGAGAAAUGGCCAAGGCUGGCUUAACUAUCCCAAUUCCAGACGGAUAUCCAACUACUCCGGAUUUGAAAUUAAAAAUCGCCGAAAAACGUGUUAUCAGUAUGUGUAUUGAUAUGGCUCUUGCAGAAGACGAUUUUGAAACAGCUUAUUCUUACGUUGUCACUCGUCUUAAGGCUGUUGGUCGUCAAGCACAUACUCGCAUGCCUGAACUUGAGAGAAGAAACACAGGAUGUAUUGGACAACGCCCACCUAGACCAAUUGAUGAUUGGUCAUGGCGUGCAGCUUUACAAGCUGGCAAAUAUCGUAAAAACUCCCAAACUACACGGGCUACUCAUCUUGGUAAUACCAGUGGAAACCCAGAGAUCAGACAUCUCCAACAGAGAAUGGAUUGCUUGGCUCAAGCUUUACGAUUGGCGCCAAGGGAUACUUUGCAGGAGGUUCUAAACGCAUAUCGUAGAUGUGAGGAAGAGCUUGAAACUAUGAUUAAAGAAGAGGCAGAGCAAGAAGAAGCUUGGGAUGAGAAAGCCGAUGAUAAGAACAUGCCGGGUGGUUACGCUGCUACACCUGCUAGAAAGUAUUCCAACGCCAGAACACCUCGAAGAAACAAGAAUGAAGAGGCACCUGUAUCAUUCUUUGAUCUCUCGAAAGAAAGUAUCACUCGUGCGCAAACAGGAUUAUCGGCGCUAUCGAUGUUCAGAGGAAAGUCACAACGUGCGGAAACGAUGAGUGAAAACCAUGAUGUUACCAUGCAAGCAGAAGUUCCCGGUCCGGCUGCAGAUCUUACUAGAUCUUCAAGUGGGCGAACAUCAUUACGGAAGAGAGAUCAACUUCGUAAUGCUGCUGUUGGUACUCUGGCUGGCGGAAUUGGUUGGUUGAUCAACGCGCCGCCUGUUAAUGCUAAUGUUACAUCAUCUGACCGCGGAAGUUUACAUUCAAGGAAUUCUAGUGACAGUACUAGUAGAAGUCACGAGGUUCCUGCAGUAGAAGAGAAUAAGCAAGAAGAUGAGGAAAUUACUUGGGAUGAUGAGGAUGCAUGGUAAACAAAAUGGGUGGUUAGAUUCUUUUGCAGAUAUGUAUCAUAUUGGGACUUUGGGAUGGUUUCAUACCCACAUAUACACAGGCGCUAGGAUUCAUGAGUUUACGAAAAAUUACCAAGAGCUGGAUGGGAUGGUCUGGUUGGAAAACAGGAGUAUUAUUUUUAAUUUUCUUCAAACUUGCUCCGUACCUUAUCUCACCGAGGGUAAUUGAUAUAUCUAUAACCCACUUCACCUACUGCACAUAAUGUAUAUAGCUAGCGGUUGAAAUAAUGAUGUUGAUUAAACCCUUGUGGUUCA